AUCUAUUCUCUUUUUUUCCAAAAAAAUGAUCUUGGAGAUUGUGUAAUGCUUACUCUCAAACUAUUUGUUUACACAGUAGUGAUAUUCUUUGUUUCUCUCUUUAUCUUCGGAUUCCUAUCUAAUGAUCCAGGACGUAAUCCUGGACGUGAAGAAUAA